CAUAUAAAUCUACAAUUCAGGCUUGCAUAUCUUCUCUGAUCAGUUCCUAUACAUGUAUCAAUAUCUCUGAGUGAGCCGUAGCAUAGCUGUUUUACAUUACAGCAGAGAGAGAAAGAGUGAGAGCAGUACCCUUCAUUUUUCAAAACGAGGGUGCAAAUGGCAGCAACGGGUCAAAGCAAAGCCUUUGUCAUCUCAAUAUCUUACCUGUUCUUCUCUUCACUCAUCGGCAUUAUUCUUGCUGCUGUGCCAAAACAACAAGAACUCGAUCGAAUUUCAUCUCUUCCAGGACAACCGCCAGUGACAUUUUCUCAGUUUUCAGGCUACGUUACUGUCAAUGAGAAACAUGGUCGAGCUCUCUUCUACUGGCUGACGGAAGCCAUUACAGUUCCAGAGAAAAAACCUCUAGUUCUUUGGCUCAAUGGAGGGCCAGGUUGCUCAUCAGUGGCAUAUGGAGCAUCAGAGGAAAUUGGACCAUUUCGGAUUAAUAAAACUGGUUCCUCCGUUUAUCUCAACAAGUAUUCAUGGAAUAAAGAAGCAAGUAUUCUGUUCCUUGAGUCACCUGCUGGAGUUGGAUUCUCUUACACAAAUAUAAGCUCCAAUCUUGAAGACUCCGGAGACAGUCGGACAGCUCAGGAUGCUCUAAUGUUUCUCAUCAGAUGGAUGUCAAGAUUUCCACAAUACAAACACAGAGAAUUUUACAUUGCUGGAGAAAGUUAUGCAGGACAUUAUGUUCCCCAGUUGGCCAAGAAAAUCCAUGACUACAACAAAGCCUAUUCGCACCCAAUCAUCAAUCUUAAAGGAUUUAUUGUUGGAAACGCUGUUACUGACAAUUACUAUGACAGCAUUGGGACUGUUGCAUUUUGGUGGAGCCACUCCAUGAUAUCAGAUAGAACCUACAAAGCCAUCAUGAAACAUUGCAAUUUCACAGCAGAGAAAAGUUCACAAAAAUGUGAUGAUGCUGUCAGUUAUGCCAUGAACCACGAGUUCGGAGACAUCGAUCAAUACAGCAUUUAUACCCCAUCUUGCUUGGCGUUAACAAAUAACUCAGCCAGGCAUAUAAGGCUCAAAAAUACUCUUUUGCAUAGACGGGUUUCGGGGUAUGAUCCGUGUACUGAAAACUAUGCUGAGAAAUACUAUAAUCGGCCCGACGUGCAAAAGGCUAUGCAUGCAAAUACAACUGGGAUUCCUUAUAAAUGGACUGCUUGCAGUGAUGUUCUCAUCAAAAACUGGAAGGAUUCAGAAAACUCUGUCCUACCAAUAUACAAAGAGCUGAUUGCAGCUGGUCUAAGAAUAUGGGUUUUCAGCGGUGACACAGAUUCAGUUGUACCUGUGACUGCCACCAGGUUUUCCCUCAGCCACCUCAACCUCCACAUCAAAACUCCUUGGUAUCCGUGGUACUCUGGCAACCAGGUUGGAGGAUGGACAGAAGUUUAUCAAGGACUAACUUUUGCUACAGUCAGAGGAGCUGGCCAUGAAGUUCCUCUAUUCCAACCCAAGAGAGCUUUCAUUCUUUACAAAUCGUUUUUGGCAGGGAAAGAAUUGCCAAAGUCUUAAUGAACUUUCUCUACUUAAGAAGACGGGGAAAGAUCAAUUGUUUCAGCUUUUAAGUUUGUUGAGCAAAUGCAAAUCUACCAGUUAGAGCAAGAUCCCCAUAUAAUUUAAUAUAUGGGCGUUUUAUAGUUAGGAAUGAUUCAUUGAAAUUAGGAUUUCUUAUUAUUUACUCCAAAGACUUAGUUCUCCAUUUCACAGUUCGGGCAAACCCCAAAUGAUGGAAACUGAACUAGAAUUGUUAAUUGAAAGAACUUGAGGAAACGGAGCAUUAAUCCAUUUUGCA